UAUAAAUAUUAAUAAUGAUUACAGGCAAUCUGCUUAAGAAAGUUUAUCCAUUCAAAUUUGGAUUUUCCACUUCCUAUGCUGAAUUAAUAGCUUCAAGUAAGGCUAAUAGAGUGUAAGAUGUGGGUAGUUUGAAAGAAUUGUUAUCAUCAAUUUAUUAAACAAAACCCUAUUUACAUUGCAUCUUAUUUAACUAAGUUGGACAUCCAUAGUACAUAUUUUAUUAACAUAGCUAUUCAUAAGUUAAUGAAAUGUAUAAUUACGUUUCUAAUCAGUUCGUUGGAUUCAAAUUCUAUAGAAUUAAUGUUGAUAAUCUAGAUAAGACAGCUUAAUUUUUUGGAAUUAAAGUAAACAUAUCUAUUAAUCAUAUAGAAUCCUCCAACUUCAAUAAUAUAUGGCUUAGGCUCACCAUUAGCUAAACAUAUUGGUUUAGGAAUAGAAAAUUUAAAAAUUAAAUUAGAGACAGCUUAAAACCUAACCCAUAAUACUGAUUUCAUUCCAGGAACAGAAUAAUGGGAAGGUCCAUAAGACUUAUGGAAAGCUAAUUAUGAAGAUGAAUAAGAGCCAUUUGAUUAUUUUGCCCGUUGAUUCAUUAAAUCAUCCAUAAAACAAU